UCUACACUCACCGGUCUGUUCUCUGAUUGGCUGCUGCAGGAGAGAGACGCAAAUGAUUGGUUGAUUUUCCUUAUGUACAGUACUGACACCUCACUGUACCUCACAGCACUGACACUGUAGAAGCACGUGAACCUGCUGGGCUGCCAUCUCGUUUCUGCACUAGAGCAUUGUGCACUCUGAAUUGGAGGUCAAAGUUUUGCUUUAAACCAACCGAUGGUUCACUAUCUUCCAUUCAUGCCGGACUUGAUCCAACUAAAUAAGCUCAGAGUAACGUCUGCUGGAAAUGCAGUUUCAUCACCAUUGUUAAAGAACUUUGAAUUCAUAUCAGGGUGGAGGUUUCCAUAAUUUGCAAAUGCCGAUAAGUGUCAUGUGGCAAGAUGGCAAAGGCCUCGACACAAUGGGCGAGAUUGACAGUAAUGGCAGCUGUGACAGCGUGGUCAGCUUCAAUUCAUGCUUCAGUGAUGAAAGUCUGGAGUAUCUCUCUGCUGAGGAGAAGGCUUGUCUCAUGUACCUAGAGGAGACCAUUCAGUCACUGGAUACGGAGGAUGACAGUGGCCUGUCCAAUGAUGAGACUGAUCAGCUGCCAGCUCGAGGAAAUGUGGCUAACAAAGCGGCCCACCUCUUUUCGUCAACAAGACUCAGCAAGGUUCCUAGUCAAGAUGUACCCAAAAGCCAAUUUGAAGGUCCAUUCUCAUCUAGCAGCUUAGUGCAAAAUGACAUUCUGAAUUAUAUGGUUCCUACUCCAUUUGUCCUUGCAGACCACAACUCACAAAUCCAAACCAGACCUGAAAUAGCUGCAUCCCAGAAAAAGACGGCACCCAAAGUGGCUUGUGAGCUCCAUCAAGAAGCUCCACGGGUUCCCUCUGAAGUCAAUGUGGUACUGAUACCACCUCCACAUAAAAUCAAAGGCGGUAAAGACAUAGUGGAAGAACAACAGAAUAAACAUCAGCCAGAGAAUGUGGCACGUAGAGGACCACUCUCGUAUGAGGCUCUGGUGCAUCUGCGCAAGAGUGCAUCGAUGUGGAGAACCAAUGCUACAGAAGCCAAAACCGGAGAACAGCAGUUUUCUACAAAUAAAGAUCCUGAGGGAGGCAUCUCUGGAUCCCAAACUCUCACACAGGCCAUGACAAGUAGGAGCUCCAAGCCCACUCCUCCACCUGUGGCCCCUAAACCUAAAAUGAAAACCCCACACAAGGUCCCAGUGAACCAGGAAGAAGCCUCCAACCCUAAGAUCGACUCAACCAUGCCUUACUCAGGAGUAUUGACAGUGGAUAAAUUAAUGAACCCAGAGAACGUAAGAGUGGAGGCUCUUUGCAAGUUGGGUCUCCUCAAGGAGGAUACAAAGAACCCAAUCUGUCAACGACUAAAGCAUUCAGAGUCCCCAGCAAACUUGGUGCAAAACCAGACCACAAAGGAAUGUCUUGCUCCAAAUCAGCCAGUACAAACUUGCAGUCCUCUCCACCAAAGGUCUGUGAGCGAUCUUUCGCCAGCUUCUUCUUUUCCACAGUAUGCCAAUAUGGCUUCAACCAGGAAAUCUGCUACACUGGAACGCACUGGGAUGGGACUGUCAGGAUCUAACAUCACAGUCUUAAAUGCAGUUUCUCAGAACCACCAAUCAAGUUCUUCUACAGUAGGAACCAAAAACCAUUUUACAGACACACAAAUGGAUUCUAAUGAAUCGGCCUCCAUAAAAGCAGAAUUGCAUGCAUCAUCUCGUUCCAAAGGCUUCAAUGUGUCGGUUCCUAGCAUCGGAAGGGAUCGGAGAGAGGCAUUACGAAAACUAGGAUUGCUGAAAAACUGAGAUUUGUUGACUAUUCUCUCCAGUCGUGAUAUAUCAAAUAAUGCUUCUGGGUCUAAGGCUCUUUUCCGUUUUAAGUGAGAAUACCAUUACAACAGACAUUUAUGAGCACUGUUCAUUCUCACAGUGUAAUACCCGGUCUCAUGGUGUCCUGGAGACCAAUAUUUAAAAAAUUUUUAAAACAAUAAUCACUCUGUAGCCUACUAAGAUUGGGGUAUGGAGAUAAAAAUUAGGUUCAUGAUUUUCAGUAGGACUGCAGCACACACUGAGUGUAUAUUAUCAUUGUUUGUUGUUUGCUUUUGGCAUCUGAAGAAGCGUUUGGACCAUAGACUGUAUGGUUUGGACCCAGAAACUGUGGCACAUGACGUCUGACUUAACAACCAAAUAAUAAAAGUGGAGUGUGCAAUUUUAUAAUGUUAAAAGCCACUGGUAGGCUGAUUCCUCAGAAAAAUGUAAAAACAUACUGACCAACAUCAGCU